UCUCCACAGACAGCCAGCCAAAGGUAUAUGUGUGUAAUUAUGUUAUGAAUCUGUCCACGCGUACCUGAAUUGGGUUCUCAACGUCCUCAUCCCUUGUUUCGUGUCACCAAAAAGACUUGGCGUACAACUGAAGUGGACAUUGUUGCUCCUUCUUCAACACAGCGCCGCAUUCACCUGCGGAUUCCCACGUCCACAACAACCACGACUACGAUGAAUUUAUGACACUCCACCAUCACCACACCGUCAGUCAUGCGAGCCAACAAGCCAACGGAGAUUUCGAGAUGUCAUCCAUAACCCCCCUCCGCGAUGAUCACGCCGCCGAUGAACCCCUCAUCCCCCAGCCAGAAUCCAACCAUCUCUUCCUGUCCGCAGUACCUCAAUCGUCAGGAAAUGUCUUCAUAUGGGUUCUGACAAUCUCCGCCUGCAUCUCUGGCCUUCUGUUUGGCUACGACACCGGCAUCAUCAGCGGAACUCUCGUCUCCAUCGGUUCUGACCUCUCUGAUCGUCAACUCACAACCCUCGACAAAGGCCUCAUCACAGCAUGCACAAGCCUCUUCGCACUCAUUGCAAGUCCCGUUGCCGGGGUCCUGGCUGACAAGAUUGGACGAAAAAAUAUUAUUUUGUUCGCAGAUGGCCUGUUUGCGUCCGGGGCAAUCUGGCAGGCCUUUACCUCUUCGGUCUGGGGGAUGAUCCUCGGCCGAAGUAUAGUCGGUCUCGCUAUUGGAGGUGCCAGCCUUAUUGUCCCUCUUUACAUCUCCGAACUCGCACCGGGACAUCUACGAGGGAGGCUGGUUACCGUGUCUUCACUCUUUGUCACCGGCGGUCAGGUCGUGGCCUACAUCAUCGGAUGGGCAUUUUCCACCCUGGCUGGAGGAUGGAGAUGGAUGGUUGGUUUGGGCGCUCUCCCCGCCAUCCUCCAACUCAUUAUACUCAUUUUCAUGCCCGAAACGCCCCGCUACUUGGCUAGAACACAACGCGAAGCUCAAGCUAAGGCCGUUCUCCUCAAAGUCUAUCGUGGAAUGAGCUCCAAUGUUACGGAAUUGGUCGACAGGGUCAUCCUCGCAAUCAAGAAAGAGAUCCUUGAAGAAGAGGAAGCCCAAACCCACCUCAAAACUGCCUCCCAUCGAUGGAAUAUCAUUCCACCCACUCUCCAAUCUCUCCUCAUGCACCCACCUCAUGCCCGCGCCUUAACAAUCACCUGCUCGCUCCAAGCCCUCCAGCAAUUGUGCGGCUUUAACACUCUCAUGUACUUUUCCGCCACCAUCUUCCAACUCCUCAACUUUGACUCUCCGACCCUCACCUCGCUCACUGUGGCAGGCACAAACUUUGUUUUUACCAUUGUGGCAUUCAACCUGAUUGAUCGUCUAGGGCGACGACGGAUUCUACUCUUGACCAUCCCCUUCAUGAUCAUCUCUUUGCUCCUUUGCGCUGCCAGCUUCUCCUUCAUGAAAUUCCCCGACACCUCCAGUGCCGAUCCUAUUAUCGACCAUCCUAAUUCUUCCAUCUCCUCACGUCUUCCCGCCAUCUUCAUUCUCAUUUCCAUCCUUAUCUAUGUUGCUUCCUACGCCUCUGGUCUCGGUGUCGUGCCAUGGCAGCAAUCAGAGUUGUUUCCCCUGAGUGUUCGAUCUCUCGGCUCGAGUAUCGCGACCGCAACCAAUUGGGGCUGCAACACUGUCGUUGGUGUAACCUUUCUACCAAUGAUGGACUUCUUCACGCCUACGUGGACCUUUGUCACAUAUGCUGUAGUCUGCGCCAUCGGUUGGACGGUCAUCUGGUGCAUCUACCCGGAGACAAUGGGCCUAGGACUGGAAGAGGUGGGUGAAUUGUUGCAGAGGGGUUGGGGUGUCAAGGAGAGCCUGGAAAGAGCCAAAUUCACGACAAGACAUGUGACAGAGGAGGACGUUGAUGCUAGCUGAGUCGGUCCUAUCAGCGCAGUAACUUCUUUACUAAGGCUAGCUUUCCUUCAAUACCAGCAACAUAGCCUCUUUAUG